GCCUGACGUUUGUCUGUCCGGCCGUUGUUUUCGCUCAUUUGUUGCGAGUUGGCUGCUGCUAGCGUUAGCUCCCAUCUCAGCUAGCUAACUGACCAUUUCUGACUGUCUGCACAAACUCCUACUGUCAACAAUCUCCGGUGAAGUCCGACGAGCAAUAAGAUAUUCGAUAAUGAUAAUGAUUGAAGCGAUUAAAUCUAAUCCGUACAUUGUGUGGCUACAGUUUAACAGUGAUUUAUCAGUGUUUACGUCCAGUGUUAGCCAGCCUUGUUGCUUUUAGGAAAACCAGAAUGCCAGCCUCAAAGAGAGGAUCAUCCCCUCAUGAUUCUCAGCCCAAGAUGAGGAAGUUGGACGAGGACGGAGAGGCUCUGCAUUCUAAAACAGCAUCAGCUGCCAACAAUAAGUCCCUUAAAACAGGAAAUAUGCAAGAUACGACAGCAGCCCCUCGGACCAAGAAGAAACUGUCUGCUUCAGCAGAAGGGGGAAACAAACCAGCCAAGUCAUCCAUACACAGUUCCCCUCCAAAGGAUUCCAGCAAAACCAUUUCAGAUCCACCUGUCAAAAAAGCCAAGCUCCUGAAAGCCACAAGUGCCUCCUGCGGAGAAGCUCCCUCACAGAAAGCUCUCUCCAAAGCUUCCCUUAAGCGGACAGCCUCCACAGAGUCCGAUGAGGAUUUAAGUAGUGAUGGUAGUAAGACUGACCUCUUUAGAGAGAGGGAUGACGGAGACAAGGCCCGCUGCAUUAGAAAAUAUUCAAACCGAGUCCGAGCUAAGCGCAAGGCUGAAGAGUCACCUUCUGACCCACAAGAGACGAGCCAAGAGUUAUCACCCUCACCCAGCGACCCUGUACAGAUGGACCAUAAUUAUGGUAGAUUCUCAGAUUUACUAGGCAUUCAAAACAUGGAUGAAGCUAUUCAGAACGAGAACAAACAAUCUCCAGAGCCUAACACUGAAAUACAGAGACAAGAAAAUUCAGAUAACGUUACAAAGACAGAGUCAAAGGAAGCUUUAGUCUCUGAAACAGGGAGCACGGAAGCUAGCAUCAAAUUAGAAUGUGCAGCUGAAGAAAGUAAACAUAAGGAAUUCAAAAAUUUAGAAAGCCAAAAACUUAUAGAUAAGGAAACACUGGCAUCAUCUAGACCGGUAUUAGACUCUUUCACUGGGGCAGAGUGCAGUAUAGAAGUAAAUGAAAACAAGAAAGAUGUUGCAGAGUCCAUCAAAAGCCAAAAGGGUUUAGAUAAUGAAACACUACCAUCAUCAGCGGAAACAAUAUGUUCUAGUAGUGGAGAGGUGAAUCAGUGCUAUGAAGUGUGUGAAGACCAGACAGACGAAAAAGCAGACUGUGAUUGCACACCAGGAAGUCUGACAUAUCAGAGCAGUGAAACUGAAACAAGAGAGACCACAGUUUCUGGCUCUGGGCUGGCUAUAAAAUGUAAAACUGAGGAAAGUCAGCAUGAAAUAAAGGGAGAGAUCGAAGCAGCCAGUGUCUGUGAUGUAGGUGUAUAUCAAGGGCUGUCAAACGAAACAAACUCCACACCAAGUCAUAACCCAGAGAGUCAGACAGACCUCAGUGUCAAAAUUCAAGUAACAUUCAAGAAGGAAUCAAAAUCUGACCAAGUGCCAGACACAAUUACCAAUUCAUGUGAUGGUGUGAACAAAAUAGUUAGAAAGUCAGAAGAACAGCUGGAGGAAAGUGAAAGAAAAGGAGCUGAAUUCCUGUCUGCUCAGUCUGCUGCCGGUCCUGGAUCUUUGGUUGAAGUGCAAUUGAGCCAUGGCACUCAAGAGGUGAUAGCCAAGACAAAUGAAAGCUGUACUGAAAUGUCGACACCCACCAGCCAAAAAUUUAAUGACACUACAGUAAUUCCUGCUGAGGUUAAAAAAGGUGUGAAGGUUUCAAGUUCUACAAGUAUGGGAAAAGAAGAGACGAACUUUGAAUAUGCCACAGCACAUACGCAGGCUUCAGCGACAACAGAGGAGAUUUCAAAUCCUGCCUCUUCACUGGAAAUACAAAGACAGAAGAAUCAAGUGGUCAGUGAACCUACCACAGACUUAUCAAGAGAAUUUCAUGAAGAUCACGUGGUUGAAAAUUCUAAAAUUAAGGAAAAUGAAGACAACAUGAACUUUAAGUGUGCUAGUGUACCUGAGAGUCAAAUCAAAAUGGAAAUGCAAACUACACUGACAUCAGAGAUUUCUAAUCGAGCCCCAGCAGUGGAAAUACAAGUGGUUGGAAAUGCUGAAAAUAAAGAAAAAGAAGACAAGGGAAACUUUAAAUGUGCUACUGGAUCUGAGAUUCAAAAUGAAAUGGAAAUUCAGACUAUCAUGGCAUCAAAGAUGGAAGUACAAAGCCAGGGGAGCCCAGAAGUGAGUGAACCCACCUCAGUCUUAUCUGAUAAAGUACAAAAAGAUUCAGUGACUGCACGAUGUAAGCGCAGCGAAGAUGAAGACAGGAUUCCUCCUGAAAGUGUCGCUGCUCCUGAGAAGCAAAUAAAAGUAGACAUGCAGACUACAAGAGAGGAGAUUUCUAACAUAGGGCCUACAGUGGAAACACAAAGUCAGAAUAUCCAGGAAGUCAGUGAACAUACCACAGAUGUAUGUACUGAAUUUCAUGAGGAUCAGAAGGUUGACAGUUCUACAAUUACAGAAAAUGAAAACAACUUUGAAUCUGUGACUGCACCGGAGAGUCAAAUCGAAAUUGACAUGCAGGCCUCACAGACGUCAGAGACUUCUAAUCCAGCCCCGUCAGAGGAAAUACGAAGUCAGGAAAGCCAAAUAGAAGUGGACAUGCAGACAAGAACAGGGGAGAUUUCUAUCUUGGCACCGACAGUUGAAAUGCAAAGCCAGCAGAACCAGGAAGUCAGUGAACACAACACGGACAUACCACUUGAGGUUCAUGAAGAUCUUAUGCCUGAAAAAUCUCAAAAUAUGGAAAAGAUGAACUCUGAAUAUGUGUCUGUACCACGGAAUCAAAUCACUUUGGAAAUGCACACUACAUCAACACCAGAGAUUUCUAAUCUGCUCCCUAUAGUGGAAAUACAAAGUCAGAAAAUAGGUUCAGAGGUUGCAAUUGAAAAUUCUCAAAAUAUAGAAAAAGAAGACAAGGUGAACGAUGAAUGUCCAACUGCACCAGAGAAUCAGAUCAAAUCAGAAAUACAGACUACAACAACACCAGCGUUUGCUAACCUGGCCCAUACAGUGGAAAUACAAAGUCAGGAGAGCCAAGAACUCACUGAACCUGCAGCAGACUUAUCUGAAGUUCAAGAGGGUCUAAUUAUUCCCUCAAGUGAGUAUAAUGACAACAAGGUUACCACACAAUGUGUGAGUGCCACAGAGAGUCAAAUAGAAACAACAGCAGAGAAGAUUUCUGAUUCUACAUCUACAGUGAACAUGCAAAGCCAGAAAGUUCAGGAGGUCAGUGAAUCCAUCACAGACGCUGAAGUUGAAAAAGGCUUAAUCAUGGCUUCUACUGAGAGUAAGGAAAGGAAGGAAGAUAUCACUGCUACUGUAAAUCAAAUAGAAAUGGAUAUGCAAACAACAGCAACACCAGAGGACAUUUCUAAUCCAGCAUCUACAGCGGAAAUACAAAUCCAGGGAAGCCAGGAGGUCAGUGAACUCACGACAGACAUGGAAACUCAAAACGAGCAAAUGAGUUGUGAGAGGAAGGAGGAUGAAGACAAAGAAUGUGUUGAUGUUCCACAGGUUCAAAUAAAUAUGGAGACUUCUGCAACGCCAGAGGAGACAGUAGGACAACAGAACCAUGAGACGGAGGAAGUCAGUGAACACACUAUGGCCUUGUCAAAUGAAAUUCAGAAACCUCUUCUUAUGGUUAGUUCAGAAAAUAAAGAAGAUGAAAAUAAGCCAGAGACAGACCCUGGUGCUGUCGAUCUCCAAGAGGUUAUGGACGUAAGAAUUGGAUCAAUAGAAAGGGUAGGUUCUGCCUUAGAAGAGGAAACAGGGGGGCGAGUGAUUAAUGAGGUCAAAGAAGAAGCUUCAAUCGUUUCCACAGAUUCGUCUGUGAAAACGGUCAGUAAUAUUGAAGGACAAAGAGAAGGAACUGGAAGCAAUGAAGUAGUAGUUUUUGUUUGUGGCCAACCAGAUGAUGUUGAUAUUGUAAUUCAAGACACAGAAGAGCAGAGUAAGACGGUUAAUCAGUCAGGGGUUGAGCUUCAUGAAAACCAGAUAGUGUAUGAGCCUAUUAGUAGUCCAGAAAGUAAUGAAGAUGGGGAGGUUUGUACAGCGUUGGAGAAACAUGAUGGUGUGUCAUUACUGGACAUUCAGAGCACAGAGACCCAGCAGGUAAAGGAAGCCACAUCUGCUAAUGAAGAAAACAGAGGAACUGGUAAUCUACGACUGGAAACGGUUAAAGAAGAAAUGUGUGUCUCAGGCAGCCAAGCAGUGAUUGAAAUGGAGGUCCAAACCAUCUGUGUACCAGAGCGUUCUGUCUCUGCACAGUUGGAGCAGAGUAGCGCCACUGUGGAUGUGAAACAGGUCGCAGUGAUCAGCUCUAGCGAUGAUAUCAGCACGCCAGUUGGCCGGUCAGAAGGUGCAACGGAAAAAAGUGAAAGGAAUGGGUUUCCAGGAAGCGUCAACGCCACAGAGUGUUCCGAACAGCUGCAAGAGGAGACUGGAGGUCGGGAGGUUGCAGAUGUCACGGUGACAACAACUACAGCCAUCGCUGCAGUUGAGAUACCAGAUAGUACAUCUGAGGAGUACGUGAUCUUAGAACCAGUCCCGGAGAGUGAAAUCCCCUUUGAUAUCGUCACUCAAGCUGCAGCCGAAUCGGGUUUGUCAGACUCUCUUUCAGAGCAGGUGAAUCCAGACAGUGCAUUGGUGGGUGAUGUGGAAAAUCAAAGGGUUUUGAAUGGUUCCCAACAAAACUUCCGCCCUGAGGCAGAAGUGCAGCAGUGUCAAACAACUGAUGAGGUCAAAGAUGCUACAGUGACCAAUUCAGGUGGGGAUGAGAACACCAGGAUCGGGACAGAUUCUUCAACUGCGCUGCCUUUAGAAGAAAGUGUUCAAGUUUUUCAUAAUUCUGACGAUUACCAGCAACUGUCAUCUGACAUGAUGGAUGUUAAUACCACAGACAUGGACAUGGCACACUCUCAUGCUCAAGGCACGAAUGAAGACUGUAAUGAUCUGGUGACAGAGAAUGUUGAGGGUAACUUGGAUCUGCAUCAAGUGCAAAUUCUGGAGGAUAUAGAGAUUGGUCGUGAGAUUGUAGUAGCAGAGGAAGAGAAUGACGAAGAUAGCGACACUAUAAUAAUAGAAAAACCCCAGGAAACAACUGAAGCAGCCCCUCUUAAAAAGCCAGAGGAAAAGGUUAAUGAGAAAAAUAAAGAUGACACUCAUGAGACCCACUUAAAGCAAAACAACACAGCUGACAAGAUUGAAGAUGAUAAAAAGGGACAGGAGGAAGAAAAACCCAAGAAACAAGAAAUGAAUACGCAGGCAAGAACCAAAGCCCGUCUGGCAGCCUUAGCUGAACAAAAGGCCGCAGCUUCUAAGAGAACAGCAAACAGACAGCAGCUGAACCUCUUAGCCCUGUGUCAGGAAAUCGCAGAGGACAUUGCCACAGACAGCAUGCUGCUAAAGAGGAUAGAGGAAGAAAAACAAGCAGCAGCAGUGGCAGCCAAAGGUGAAGCCAGCAAGAAGGAAAGCCCACCUGUUACCACACAGGAAGUAGAAACUGUUGAUGUUCCCACUCCUGCCGGACCAGAAGGGUGCUCUGCUUCAGUGACAUCAGUGACACCUGACGAAGAGGCACCAGCAGCCCAGCCCUCGACAGCUGAUUCACCCGAAGCCAAGCGUACCGCAGAGCCUCAAAAGAGGCGUUUCUUCAUCACACAGGUUUCAGUGCCCCUCAAGGUCCAUGAGAAAAAGAAGCUGACUAGAUAUCAAAGACUGAGACAGGUUGAACUGCAGAGAGAGAAAAUGUCGUGGGCACGUGUAAAGAAACUGAAGUCUGACCAAGCAAAUCAGAUGUUUUCAGACAUGGAUUGGCAGCCGCCGCUGUUUGCACCCUCUCCAGUUUCAGUGAGUCCUGUGACAACAGAUCCUCCACCUGUAGCCAGUCCAUCUAAAACACCUCUCCCAAGCCCCACCUCCAGUAGCAAACCUGCAACACCCAAGGCCGAGGUUCCCAAAGUUGAGACUCCUAAGGCUGAAGUCAGUAAAACUGAACCCCCUAAAACAGAAACUCCCAAAACUGAACCUAGCAAAACUGAAACCUCUAAAACUGGACCUCCUAAAGCUGAAACCCCUAAAACUACAAGGCAAAGUAAGGCUCAGACUCCUAAAGCAACCCCUCCUCCGGGUCCCUCCCCAAAAGUUACCAGAUCAUCAGCCAGGAGGAGCCUCCCAGCAGUACCCCCUCCCAUGCCCAACGGACUUAAUGCUCAGAAGACGAAGCCUGAAGUCGAGUAUAAGCCAUACAGACCAAGGCCCAAGUAUUCCCCUGAUGAUUUUGAACUAGAUGAUGACCCAUUACCAGUAGCUCCAACAAAGCCCUCUCCACAGUCUAGGCCUGCACGACCCAACCCUCAGUCAAAACCCACAGCUCAGUCUAAACCCAUGCUUCCCUCAAAAUCCACAGUUUCAUCACAGCUUGCCAACCAGGCAAAACUCAAAGCUCAGACCACCCCUGCUGGACAGAUCUCAGGUCAGUCAAAGCUCACUGUUCCAACCACCGCUCAGUCAAAGCCUGCCAAUCCACAAUCAAAGCUUGCCAUCGCAGCAACGCCCCAGUCAAAGGCCUCAGCUGCAGCUUCAUCAAAACCAGCUCCUUUAGCAAAACCUCAUCUGAAGUCUCCUGUUUUAACAACACCUCAGUCCAAAGCUGCUUCAGCUCCAGGUCAGUACAAGCCUGCUGCUUCUGCUUCACCCCAGUUAAGGACUGCUGCUGGUGCAGCUCAGUUAAAGCAGUCAACUCCAACAGCAGCUCAGCCUGCCGGUUCAACCACAUCUGAGAAAAAGCCUGCUGUUUCUUCAAUACCUCAGAAAACCCCAAAUCCCCCAUCAUCAGAAGAAAGAAGAUGCAAGGAUACAGCCGGUUCACUUUCAUCAGCUCCUACAUCUUCCCUUCCCUCUAAAGAAAGCUUGAAUGUGUCUGAUGGCACACAGCAGUGUAAAGAAAAGCCUGCAGUCACUGGUGUUGAUCCCUCUCCAGGGACAGAAACAGUCAAGACAGCUGAGAAGACAUCAGAAAAGCCUUGUCAAGACAGAGCAGCGAAUCCGCAAGAUGGUGGGACUCCUCUCUCUGAUGCAUGUCUGCAAAAAGAAGUCAAGAAACUAAGAGAGGCUGACAAAGAUGGCACUCAAACUAUUAUUGAUGCAGGACAGAAGCAUUUUGGAGCAGUGGCCUGCAGUGUGUGUGGGAUGCUCUACUCUGCUGCCAACCCUGAAGAUGAAUCUCAACAUUUACUCUUCCACAACCAGUUCAUCAGCGCUGUCAAAUACGUGGGAUGGAAAAAAGAGAGAAUCUUGGGAGAAUAUCCAGACGGCAAGAUCAUUCUUGUCCUGCCAGAUGAUCCCAAAUAUGCCCUGAAAAAGGUUGAGGAGAUUAGGGAGAUGGUGGACAAUGACCUCGGCUUCCAGCAGGUGGAGACCAAGUGUCCCUCUCAGACCAAAACCUUCCUCUUCAUCUCCAACGACAAGAAAGUUGCUGGAUGCCUCAUAGCAGAGCACAUUCAGGAGGGGUACAGGGUGAUCGAGGAGCCCGUACCGGAGGGCUCAGAGGGAGAGAAGGUGAUGUUUGAACGGCAGAGAGCUUGGUGCUGCUCCACCACGCCGGAGCCAGCCAUCUGUGGCAUCAGCCGCAUCUGGGUCGUCAACAUGAUGAGACGUCAGGGCAUCGCCUCUCGCCUGCUGGAGUGCCUCAGGAACAACUUCAUAUACGGUUCAUACCUGAGCAAAGACGAGAUCGCUUUCUCCGACCCCACUCCUGACGGGAAACUCUUUGCCACACAUUACUUUGGCACUUCUCAGUUUUUGGUUUAUAACUUUGUGAGUGGAACGCGCUCCUCCCAGCCCAAAACGGAUGCAGUAUGAUAAGUCUUCAGGAAAGGUAACGAUGGAUUUAACUGACCACCGGGACCUGCCCUCACUAAACAGUGUCUGACACAGACUCUCUACUCGCAUAACGAUUAAAAAAACAAAACAAAAAAAAACUGUAAAUUUCUCCUUGGAGAGGACACACAUGGGUUCAAAUCUCAGGAUGAAAACAACAAGCUGUUGUUGGAAAAUAUUAUUAAUUCACCCUUUAAUCCCUCCCUGCAUAGUAUUUUGCAAAAAAAACUAAUAUUUUCUUUAUACCUUUUUAAGUAAACAAUUUGGAUUUAUUAGAAGUAUACAUGCAUGACCUGACAGCAAUAGAAAACAAAGCGCAUUUCAUUGUUUUUUUUUAAUCUCUGAAAAGCAUAAAAUCAAGUUAUUAGAUUAAAUAAAACGGUUAUUUUCUAGUUUUGUCCCCAUUCUGUAAUAUUUUUUUACCAACAUGAUGUGGUAAACUACGUGUACAUGUGUACAUUGAGGUUUUUUUUCAUGUUCAUCUCUUCACAGUGAUGCUGUCAUCGAUAACGUUAAAGGUCACAACUGCACAAUUUACAUUGAGCGGUUCAGUCUUGACUCUCUUUUCCACGCCUGUCCCCUUGAUUUCACUGUCUUGUUUUAUUGUAACAUUUGAAUCACCUUUUAAAAAAAAAAAAAAAAAGGUGAUUUUAAUCAGAGGGUCUCAUUUCAACAAGCGUCACAACCUGAUUGAAGAGAUGUGGGUUAGAACUGUAGCUUGGGCAUUACUUGUGUGCUCUAAUGUUUUUAGAUCACCUCGCCUGAAACGUUGCGUUUUCCAAGCUGAGCCAUAUACUGUACACCAGUUAGCAGGGCAUUAUAGCCUAUACUGUAUGAGAGAUGUCUUUUAAUUUCACCAAGGCUGUCUAUUGCUUUGUUUGUGCCUGAAUGAAUAAUGUGUGACUUAAAAUGUUGAUUUUAUUUUUUCUAGCCGUAUGUUCUGCUAAGCAGCAUAUGACUUUUUAUUGAGUUAGCGUAGAGUGUCAUCCUCCUAUUUCUUAGUAACAACGAAUUAAACUGUAUAUCAAAUGAUCAUGUAGAUUUAUGCAUACUAUAACAAAAUUUAUAAUAAGAGAUGUGCAAGGUCUUAAGGCUCGUGUUAAAUGGUAUUAAAGUGAUGGAACAUAUCAUCCAGGUGUCAGCCUUUAUCAGUGAAAACAGGACUUUUGUUUUUUUUUUUUGCUCAAUGAUCAACAUGAGGGGUUGAGAUGAACUUCUGCCUGUCACCACACAGAUUUACAGUAUCAUUGUAAUACAUCCCUUAUUUUCUCUUAAUUAAAGCAGUUACUUUUAGAAAGACGUGUCGUGUAAGAAAAAGAAAUUUGAUUUAUACGAAGCUGUUAUGUAAAUAUUUAUUUAAAUAAUAAACAUUUUAAAACAU